AAAACUCUCUUCCUUCUUACCAGCAAUAGACAGCAAACCUCUCACCAUUGGCAGGAGACGCUUCUCAGGAAAGAACAGGCAGAGGGUCUGGGUAGGUGUUGGGACAUGCAUCCUCUCACCCUUGUCCUCUUCGCAUCCUGCUUGCCCAACGUUCAGCUGAUGGAGGACCUGAAGGCACUGGAGGAAUUUGUGAACCGCCCUGACCCUCACUAUAGAUAUACCUUUGUGAAGCAGGAGAUGCUUUUUGUCUUCUCAGAUAAUGCCUCCAUUUACACCAUCAAUAUGACUUCACAGAAGUGGCUGGAUGAAACUGAAGUGGACAAACCGGUUUGGUCACAUGAACUGACAAUUAUUAAUCCCAGAAGACUUAAAACUGGGAAAUCCUGCCUUCUCAUAGUCACCUCUGGAAAAACCGCAUCGGAAACAAUUCUGCAUGGUUUGAGAUAUGCUAAACUGGCAGUUUUAACAUCCAGAGCUAAAUCGGUCGUGGCUGUGCUGCACCCAGUUCCCAUCCACCCACUCACCUUCUACAACCACCCUCUAGGCCGGAAGAAUAUUACAGGAUAUGAUAUAAUGGCAUAUUCGUGGUGGAGGUUUAUCAGUAACUCCUCUGUACCACCAGAGUGGCUUGUGCAAUUCCCGAUGGUCAAGGCCGCUGUGAGAGCCAUGGACACUAUCACAGACUAUAUGAUGAAAACAGUUCAGAAAAACAUUACGAAGUUCACAUUGACAGGUGUUGGCAUGAACGGAUGGACCACUUGGUUGACUGCAGCCGUUGACCAGAGGGUUGCUGCCAUUGUUCCCAUUGCUAUGGAUUUUCUGAACUUCACCGAGAAUUUCCAACACCAGUACAGAGCAUAUUGUGGUUGGUCUUACGGGCUGAAACCUUUCUAUGACUUGAAUAUAACGCAGAAAUUGGACGAUUCCCGUUUCGCUCUUCUGGCUUCACACGUGGACCCCCUGGAAUACAAUGAGCGAUACACAAACACCCCCAAAUUUAUAAUUAUUCUAUCAGAAGAAGAAGUCUUCCUGCCCGACAACUCUCGUUAUUACUUUGAUCAACUAGAAGGUGUGAAAUGUCUCAGGGGCCGCGCUGAAGAAGCCCGGCAACACCUGUCCCUGCCUCGCUACGGCUGUUCAUCUGAUGGCGUCUCACCACGGAUCCUAGACCUGGCUGCUGCUGCACCCGGCAUAUAA